CUGCUUGUUGGGUCCGCUGUCUUUGAGUGCUUGAUCUGGUCGUGGCGCGGUUUCGCGCGGAGCGGAUCAUGGCGACGCCAGGUCGGGGGUCCCUAUGAGGGAUGAUCACUUCAUGCUGGUGCGGUAUGAGCGUGGUUUAGUAACGGGUGUCGCGGCGAAGGAGACUAUGGAGAGGUAUGAACAAGAGAUGAAGAAGGAUGACAGGUGUCCAAGGAGAUUGGGAGAAGUCUUGGAACUUGUGUUGAACGAUAGGCUGGUUAUGAGUUAGAAGGAUUGGAAGACUGCGGACGC